CACGUGAUAGUCAAGAUGGCGACGUCAAUACCGAAACAGACCAAGACGUCUUCAUUCGACACAGGAACCAUGGCUCUGGUGUAUCUGUUCUUUGCAAUUGGUUUUGUGUCAGCGCCAGAUCCCCACCAUGUGGACUGCAACCAUGACCCACAGCAUUGCAUACAAGUGGCGUUAGUAACGACUGAUCCAAAGGAAUGCGAACAUAUUAUUCAUGAACUCCAUGAUUGCCAUAGUUAUGUGAUGAUCGAUCUUGUAUGUGGAACCGACCAGCAUACGUAUCCAAACAAAUGCGAGCUUGCUAAAGCAAGAUGUCACACACUCAAGCCCGACCAUGGGGCCCAUGUACUCGCCCUAGCGCACGAGGGUAGUUGCAGCUCGACCACUCAAAUACAUGGCAUCGACCCUAAUCUGAGUGCGGUCGAAUAUUUAACCUGCACACUGGCUAUCCAACAGACAUGCGCGCCAAACAAUGUUGAGGUUAUAUGUGGAUCCAAUGGAUUGACAUACUAUUCAUUGUAAGUUUUAGUCCCCUCCACCACGCCCUCCCGCAAAAAUAUUUAUAAAGAUUUAUACCCAAAGAAAAAAAAAUAGACAAAUUAUAUUCUCUCAUUUGUAUAAAUUUGUCAUAUCUUGUAUACUGUCUGUGAUUUUCUUAGCUGCACUACUUAUUGUGAGCAUUUAAUUUUCGCGCUAUAUUUUGAGCCAGAUGUCAUAAGUUUGUUAUAAUCUUUCAUACAUAAGAGAUCAACAUAAUGACAACGAAAUGUAGCUUGGGACUCCGUAUUAAUUCUUCAUUUUCGGAAUGUUUUACUAAUUUAUUAGAUUUAACAUAAACUAUUAGUAUUUAUAAUCUACACAGAACAGUGAAAUAAAUAAAUCAGACAUGCAAAGACCACUAACUUGUUUACAGCUGUGGAGUACCACAAAGCGCAUUGCGCACAUGCCACUAAUACAAUGUCGCACUUCGGUCCGUGCCUAAGCAUCAUCUGCCACCACAAGCCGGAAUCCAUGCCCACACUACAACAGUUAACAUCAUUUCUAGCCACAAGACCACCACUCCAACUCCGGUUACGUCAACUACAACCGUUGGCACUACAACCAAUGUUGCGGCCACUGCAACAACACCGUCAAUGCAGAAUAUCAUUGUCAAUGUGUUUUGUCAGUAUGUGCAUUCCAUCACGUGCAACACGAACUUCAGUGUUGUCUGUGGAUCCGAUGGCUUAUUCUACCCUAAUGAGUGCGACCUCAGUAAGGCAUACUGUUCCAAGCCAGGCUUGCACGAGAUGCCAGACUUGUCCAGCUGCAGCCAUACACCUUGAAACUCUCAAUAUAAAAAAGCGACACAAAAUUAAAUGAUUGCUCGAAUAA